CUUUGGGGUGUCUGGUCUCAGAGACCUAUCGAUUGCAUCUGAGUUGCAGGGGCCAUGGCUUCCAAAUGCCUCAAGGCUGGCUUCUCUUCCGGGUCUCUCAAGAGCCCAGGAGGGGCCAGUGGGGGCUCCACUCGUGUGUCCGCAAUGUACUCCAGCAGCUCUUGCAAGCUCCCAAGUCUCUCCCGUGUGGCCAGAAGUUUCUCUGCCUGCUCAGUGGGUCUGGGCAGAAGCAGCUACAGGGCCACCAGCUGCCUCCCUGCUCUCUGCCUCCCUGCUGGAGGCUUCGCUACCAGCUACAGUGUGGGUGGGGGCUGGUUUGGGGAGGGCAUCCUCACUGGCAAUGAGAAGGAGACCAUGCAAUCCCUGAACGACCGCCUGGCCAGCUACCUGGAGAAGGUGCGUCAGCUGGAGCAGGAGAACGCCAGCCUGGAGAGCCGUAUCCGUGAGUGGUGUGAGCAGCAGGUCCCCUACAUGUGCCCUGACUACCAGUCCUACUUCCGGACCAUCGAGGAGCUCCAGAAGAAGACUCUAUGCAGCAAGGCUGAGAAUGCCAGGCUGGUGGUGGAGAUUGACAAUGCCAAAUUGGCUGCAGAUGACUUCAGGACCAAGUAUGAGACGGAGGUGUCCCUGCGGCAGCUGGUGGAGUCAGACAUCAACGGCCUGCGUAGGAUCCUGGAUGACCUGACCCUGUGCAAGUCUGACCUGGAGGCCCAGGUGGAGUCCCUGAAGGAGGAGCUGCUCUGCCUGAAGAAGAACCAUGAGGAGGAAGUGAACUCACUGCGCUGCCAACUUGGUGACCGCCUCAAUGUUGAGGUGGACGCUGCCCCACCUGUUGACCUGAACCGAGUUCUGGAGGAGAUGAGGUGCCAGUAUGAAACCCUGGUGGAGAAUAACCGCCGGGAUGCUGAAGACUGGUUUGACACCCAGAGUGAGGAGCUGAACCAGCAGGUGGUGUCCAGCUCAGAGCAGUUGCAGUCCUGCCAGGCAGAGAUCAUCGAGCUGAGACGCACGGUCAACGCCCUGGAGAUUGAGCUGCAGGCCCAGCACAGCAUGAGAGAUGCUUUGGAAUCCACCCUGGAAGAGACGGAGGCCCGCUACAGCUCCCAGCUGGCCCAGAUGCAGUGCAUGAUCACCAAUGUGGAGGCCCAGCUGGCCGAGAUCCGGGCUGACCUGGAGCGGCAGAACCAGGAGUACCAGGUGCUGCUGGACGUCCGGGCCCGGCUGGAGUGUGAGAUCAACACGUACCGGGGCCUGCUGGAGAGUGAGGACAGCAAGCUCCCCUGUAACCCAUGUGCACCUGACUACUCACCCUCCAAGUCAUGCCUUCCCUGUCUUCCUGCGGCCUCCUGCGGUCCUAGUGCAGCCCGCACAAACUGCAGCCCCCGCCCCAUUUGUGUGCCCUGCCCAGGGGGCCGGUUCUGAGAGCGGGUGACCCAGACGGCCAUGGCUAUUGUCUCCAGGGCUUGAACUUGGCCUCUACCCAAACUUAACCCUUGUAGCCCAAUCCCCUCUCUUCGCACAGAGCCCAGGCCCAGGGUCUGGCUGAAAAGGCUUUCUGCAAAUACAUGCCCUAAAGUUUCUCAGAGCCUGUCACAAAGGCCGGCUGCCCCCAAAGGUCUCAACUCCUCAUCAUUUCAAUGGGUGCCAGGGUCUCUGUUCUCAGGCUGCCUCCUGGGUCAGGUUUUCCUUCUGGGUGCUGUUCCGGUGGAUUCUGAAAUGCAGUAGAGGGCUUUUGUUGGCAGAACAAUAAAGUGCAUUUGCUCAGGCC